AUGGCGAGCUUCCUGAGGGGCAAACAGGCGGGCAUGUCGAAUGACCUGUCUGCCAGCAUCUCACCAGAGCUCUUUGCGCCCGACGACAGGUUCAGAUACGGAAUCAACUCGCAGAUCAGCUGUGUCGCAUACGAACCAGUGCAGUCUCUCAUUGCUGUGGGCACCAAAGAGUCCAAGUUUGGUACUGGACGCAUCGAAGUUUACGGUCAAAGUCGGGUUCACAAGUUCCUAGUACCUCCGAGACCAUGCUCCUUCGCCGACUUGCAGUUUUGCGCCAACCGUCUCAUCAGCCUCGAUACCAAGAACGAGAUCAUCAUAUGGAAUCUGGAUACUGGCGCCCGCGUCGCUGGCUUUCAUGCCCCCGGGGUGGUUACCACCAUGGUGACCGAUCCCAUGCUGGACUGGUGCUUCCUGGGAACCGCCAACGGCGAGGUCUUUGCUUAUGACCUUGACCGGGAACGCCUGUCAGCGUUGAAACUGCCCAACUUCUGGCAGGAACAAGACACCAAGGCUAGAGCCGUAGGCCUCGUUUCCAUGCAGCUGCAUCCGCGGGACAUUGGCAAGCUCAUGAUAGCGUACACACACGGCGUCGCUCUAUACUCGUUUAAACAGAACAAGGCGAAUCAGUUCUUCGAGUAUAAACUCCCCCCCGGUGCCCCAGGAGGCAGCACCAUCGCGGUGGACUCCAUGAGACGGCCCAGGGUGACCCAUGCAGUCUGGCACCCUACCGGCACUUUUAUCCUCACGGCCCAUGAGGACGGCAGCCUGGUCUUCUGGGAUACCAAAGAUGGCCGAGUUGUCAUGGCACGCACAUUAUCCGAGUUCAACAUCGACCAACCCUUGCCCAACUCGGGCAACUCCAAGUUGAAGCAUCCCUAUCUGCGCAUUGCGUGGUGUUGCAAGGAGAACCCGGAAGACUCUGCACUUCUCAUCGCCGGUGGCCAAACCAUGGACCAGCCGGCCAAUGGCUUGACCUUCAUUGAGCUUGGAUUGACACCCAACUACCAAACAUCUACAUGGCAGGGACUUUCGGAUUAUUUUAAAGGCAAGCGACAGAGUGUCCUCGAAACCCCACCUGGUGCCGAAGUCGUGAACUUCUUCUUGAUACCCCGAUACUCGCCCCACUUCGCUGGCGCCCAGGAUCCUAUCGCUGUUAUCACUUUGCUCUCUUCUGGUGAACUGCUCACCAUGAGCUUCCCAAGCGGCUACCCCAUCUCUCCUACCAACCAACUGCAUCCUUCGCUUUCCUUCGUUCACCCGUUUGCAGUCAAGUUCGCGGUCGCUACUCUGGACCGGUCGAGGUGGUUAGGUAUGGUCGAGACUCGCAAACAAGGAGAUCAAAUUCUGAAGGGCGGCAAAGAAGCACCUCUGCCUCAUCGCAAAUUUGUUGGCCGUAGCAUCAUCCAAGUUGCACACGCUGAUGGGACGAUCCGUAUUUGGGAUGUAGGGCAUGGCGAUGAGAUCGAGAACCCUACCCAGCUUCAAGUGGACCUUGCCCGUGCCCUCAACCGCUACGACGACAUCAACAUUACUGCCAUGAGCAUGGCUUCCAGCACAGGAGAGUUUGCCGUUGGCACCAGCGGUGGCGAGGUUGUCAUGUACCGAUGGGAUGGCAACCGUUUCUUUGGGCGCAACCAGGAGCAACAUUUGGAUCCGAAUCCGGGUGGCCUUACCGACAUCAGUGCACGGGCAGAGCCCUCUCUCAAACAAGGUCUCCAGCCAUAUUCCCUCUAUGAGAUGAUGCAGGGGCCCAUCAGCGCCGUCAAAAUCUCCGACGUCGGUUUCGUUGGAGUCGGGUCUGAGAAUGGCUUCUUCAGCAUCAUCGACAUGCGUGGUCCUACGGUAAUCUUCCAAGCGUCGAUGCUUGAGUUCUCGAAACAGGAUAAGCGUUCCUCGUUCCUGCGUAGCCACACCAAUUCUGCAGGCGCCAAGGAAUGGCCAGUCGUGAUACAAUUUGGUGUCAUGACCUUGGAAGGAGAGAAAUAUUCUAGCAUAUGCUGUUUCGUAGGCACAAACCAAGGAAGAGUUGUCACCUUCAAGCUUUUGCCUUCCGGAAGUGGUUAUGCCGCCGAAGUCGCCGGCGUUGCCCACCUGAGCGAUAAGGUCAUUGCUAUCUGUCCCAUAGUUGCAGACACAGGAAAACCGGCGUACGCCACUGGGCACGCUGUUGCUGGACUCCGAGAAGGCAAGCAAGUAAACGGUCUUUUAGUAGUCGCGACUCAAACCGAGGCACGUAUCUUCAAGCCGGCAACCACCAAAGGUGCAUCGAAAUCAUUCGACGACUAUCUUUGCGAGGCCGCUUCAGUCAGCGAACUCGAUCUUCAUGGAAUGGCACUGGUAGGCGUUUUUGGUGACCGUGUCACUCGUGCCUUCUCUCUACCAGGCCUCAAAGAAAUUGCCAGCUCUCCUCUCAAGAUGAUGGAUGGUAGUCGCAGCCCAGACACCAUUGUCGACGAAGACGGCAAUUUGUUCUGCUGGACCGGGCCAUCAGAGAUUGCUGUCUUGAACGUCUGGGGCGCGGGGCAAGAAAUUGCAAACACGGCAGAUGUGCUUAUAAACCCAACAUUGCCCAUCCCGCCACGACCUACGAUCUCCAAUGUGCAGUGGCUCUCAGGCACACAAUAUAUCACACCUACAGAUCUUGACCUCCUCAUUGGCGGGCCAGACAGACCACCCAGCAAGCGUAUGAUUGCCGCAACUGCGGCGGAACAGCGCGCAGGUCCAUCUGGCUCAUAUGGACAGAUGAGCCCACGUACACGGGAAGCUGAGGGCUGGGGUGAAUACCUCACGCGAUCAUUGAACGAGCGCACAGAAAAGUUGAACCUUACGGGGGAGUCUUUGGAUAACGCAGCAGAUGCCAGUCAGCGCUGGGCAGAGGAUGCCGGAAAAUGGGUCAAUCAACAAAAGAGAAAUGUUCUGCUGGGUGGUUUGAAGAGCAAGUUCUUGUAG